AUGAUAAAUUAAUAACAUAUUAAAUUCGAAGAUGAAAGAGAACACAAACUAUAUGAGAUUUGGCCAGGCAAGAAUAGAUUCUAUCUGGGUGGCAGAAUCAUGAUUGGACCUAGCUCUGAUAAUGGCCCUAACCUUUUCACCUGGUGUGGAUUAAUACUCCUCCCUUUAUUCUUUAGUAUUUCGAAUGGGUAACAAAUUUGGGAAGCCAACAGACUGCUCUUUAUUUGCACUUUGCUUUUAGGAUUCCUAACCUUAUUCUUUCUCUUUCUGACUUAAUUUACAGAUCCUGGAAUCAUCCCCAGAAAGAACAUAUUUGAAAUCAUGAACACAGAAUGGGAAACUGAAGGCUCUUGGCCUAUGUGCGAGACUUGUUUAAUCAAAAAACCCCCAGGCUCAUCCCAUUGCAAACAAUGCGAUAAUUGCAUUUUGAUGUUUGAUCAUCAUUGUCCCUUUGUGAAUAACUGCAUAGGAAAACGAAACUACAAGUAAUGGCACAGUAUUUAUAUUAGAUAUUUUGCCUUGUUUUUGGCCAGUCUCCUCAUGUAGGGUCUUUCGAUCCUGGUUAGUUUAAAUAAAAUCGAUCCUCAGGAAAGCAAUGGAUUAACAGAUUUUUUAUUGAUUAUAGUUUGCUUCAUAAGUGCCAUCAUAGGAGUCUUUUGCUUUUUCCAUUUGAUUGUGAUUUUGAGUGGGUCGACAACUAGAUAAAUUAUUAAACACCUUGAACCAACCAAUAGUUUCGAUUGGAUUGGUAGAUCUAACUCUUUGUUUAAUCCAAGCAUGAUUAUUGGCACAUAACAACAGGCAAUUGAUUUUUGA